AUGAGGUCCUUUGCCACUUCUCCCGGACAGCCCUACGCAGUGCCUCCGGACCCAUCAACGGUAGAAGUCGUUUGGGAUCCCGGCAACGAGAGCCAGCAGGGCUUGUGGGCAGAUCUCUCGCCCUUACAUGAGGACUCCUUCCAAGAUUGGACUCUUGAGUCAGUGGUCAGUGGCAGCGCAUACGCUGGCAGCGUGACUUCUCUCUCCAGGAGCAACUAUUCCAAUGCCAGCCAUGACGAUGAGGAUAGUGGCGAACUCAGCACCCCGGAGGAACCUCGUUUGUGGCUUUCCGACCUGGACCACUUGAACCCCAUGGCGGUCAGGGUGGCCUUAGACACCAGCGAGGCUCUAGCUUUUACGUUUUAUACGGAACGAAUCUCUCGCAUACUCCCUGCGCACGAUGCGCCAGACAAUCCCUACCGGCGCCUGACAGCAAUUGCGAUCCAUGCACCAGUCCUGCUACACACCGUCAUUUCCAUCGCAACCGCCUUCAUGCACAACCAUGGAGGGUUGGCUACCUAUGAACUAACCGCUACGAGACAAGCUCGGGCGUUGUCUUCUUUGAGACAAACCCUGAGCAAGGCACUGAACGGUAAAGGAGAGUCCCGUCUCAUCGUGACCGAGGCCAUUGUUUUUGCCAUCCUGCUGCAGAUUUUCUACCUAGCAUUGACUGGGGGCAUGGAGAUCGAGCCACAUUUUGCUUCCGCGACGUAUUUCUUGCGCGUCCUGGGCUAUCUGCCGAAACCGCCCACCGGGUUUUUGGGUCGCGCACUUGUCCAGCGCUAUGCAAUGAUUGAUGUGGCCCGAGCUAUAUAUCGCAGAACGCGUCCUCUUUCCGAGGCGGACUUCUGGUUCUACCAUACCGGCCAUGACCUCGACCAGACCCAGUCAUCCUUCAAAAUUAUGACCGGCUGCCCUCAUGCCGUCCUGGUGUUCCUAGUUCAGGUCACAAAUCUGGCCGCAUCAACUCUAGAACAGCCUGAGACACCGGAAAAUACUGCAAAAGCCAUCGAAUUGGAAGCAGACAUGCAUAUAUAUCGGCGAUCGCAGCCAUCGGCGCUCAACGACCCCUUAAGCGAGGCCUUCUACUGGACCGCGCACCUCUUGCUCCAAAGAAGAGUUUACCUAGAGCACCCGCGAUCGAGGCGGGUACAGUUUACACGAAACAAGAUCUUCGAGCUUGUUCAAAGCAUGGCCCUUGGGUACGGACCUGACUCGUCUGUAUUUCUUCCGCUGAACAUCAGCGGACGCGAGGCAAUGACGCUGAGUGAUCGCGAAUGGAUCCGUACCCGAGCUCGUGACCUGACUCAUAUUUACGGGAUUCGCACAAAUGAGCAUUGUAUGAAAUUAAUGGAGCAGAUCUGGGCUUGCGUUGAUGCUGGCUGGUCUGAUGAUUCAACUCUCGAGCGGGAACUACUCGAGAUCGAAGCCCAGAGUCAGUGCUUCGUAUUCUAA